AUGAACGCCGCCGUGUUUGCUUCAUCUGCUUUAUCUCUUCCCAUCUCCUUCUGUAAAACUAGAUCAUCUAAACUCACCAGAAAGAAGGGAGUGAAAGGAGAAUUCAGGGUAUUUGCUGUGUUUGGAGAAGAAAGUGGAUUAAUUGAGAAGAAGAGCCAAUGGGGUCCUUUGUUUGAUGUUGAGGAUCCUAGAACGAAAGCUCCUCCUUAUAAAGGCAAGUUCUUGGAUGUUCAUCAAGCUCUUGAAGUUGCUAGAUUUGAUAUUCAAUACUUGGAUUGGCGUGCUCGUCAAGAUCUCCUUACCAUCAUGAUUCUUCAUGAUAAGGUCGUUGAUGUACUUAAUCCUCUAGCUCGUGAGUACAAAUCAAUCGGUACUGUGAAGAAAGAACUAGCAGGAUUGCAGGAAGAGCUAGCUAAAGCACACCAACAGGUUCAUAUAUCUGAAGCAAGGGUUUCAACUGCUUUAGACAAGUUAGCUCACAUGGAAGAAUUGGUUAACGAUAGGUUGUUACCCGGUAGAGUCACAACAGAAUCAGAUAAACCGUCGUCUUCAACCUCAGUCCAGGACUUAGACAGGGAAAAGACAAACAUCGGUGCCAAAACCUUGAAUGUUUCUGGUCCGGUUCAGCCUUAUAGUCCACGGUUAAAGAACUUUUGGUAUCCUGUAGCUUUCACCGCAGAUCUCAAGCAUGAUACAAUGGUACCAAUUGAUUGCUUUGAGCAACCAUGGGUUAUCUUUAGAGGAGAAGACGGUAAACCAGGAUGUGUACGAAACACGUGCGCGCAUAGAGCUUGUCCUCUUGAUCUUGGCACAGUGAACAAUGGACGUAUCCAAUGUCCUUACCAUGGAUGGGAAUACUCAACCGAUGGGAAAUGUACAAAAAUGCCAUCAACGAAGCUAUUGAAUGUGAAGAUAAAGUCGAUACCUUGCCUUGAACAAGACGGUAUGAUCUGGGUCUGGCCUGGAGAUGAGCCUCCUUCAUCUACACUCCCUUCUCUACAACCUCCUUCAGGGUUUGUAAUCCAUGCUGAGCUAGUAAUGGACCUUCCUGUGGAACACGGUUUACUUCUUGACAAUCUCUUGGAUCUUGCUCAUGCUCCAUUCACUCACACGUCAACUUUUGCUAAAGGCUGGAGUGUUCCAAGCUUGGUGAAGUUCUUAACGCCGUCUUCAGGUUUGCAAGGAUACUGGGAUCCAUACCCGAUCGAUAUGGAGUUUAAACCGCCUUGUAUCGUGCUAUCGACAAUCGGGAUCUCAAAACCAGGGAAAUUAGAAGGAAAGAGCACUAAACAGUGUGCAACACAUCUUCAUCAACUCCAUGUUUGUUUACCUUCUUCAAGAAACAAGACAAGACUCUUAUACCGAAUGUCACUAGACUUUGCUCCUAUAUUGAAGAAUGUUCCCUUCAUGGAACAUCUCUGGAGACAUUUCGCUGAACAGGUUUUAAACGAAGAUCUAAGGCUUGUUUUGGGACAGCAAGAACGGAUGUUGAAUGGUGCAAACAUAUGGAACUUACCGGUUGCUUACGACAAGCUCGGAGUUCGGUAUAGAUUAUGGAGGAACGCGGUAGAUCGCGGCGAUGCUAAAUUACCAUUCUCAAGCUAA